AUGCCUCGUGUUUGUGAUGAAGACUCUGGAAGAAGCUCCUGUUCAGCAACAUCUAUUGGUCUUAGCCCAUGCAUGGACUUAAAUAUAGAUGAUGAUGUACAUUAUGUAAAGAGGCGACAUACCAAGACUCAAGAAGCAGGUACCAACACUGAUCUAAAAGUUAGUGUUCGCCCAAGAAGUUGUGUGGCCCUUCUCAAGUCACCUGAUGAACGAGACCCAUUCCCUAGCUGUAGAAUUCCAAGAAACCAUAGGAAACCUAUUUUUAAUCUAUUUGAUACACCUAGAAGAGGAGGCCUCAGUAAUGCACAUUCAACUAUUGACAUAGCGUGCAGCACUCAAAUUGAAGAGCCCCAAAUUCAAACCAAUACUGUUUCAAUGACAACAAUAGCUCCUAAUGAUAACAAAAUCAAAUCCCAACAUUAUCCAAAUACUAAUUUUAGAAGAGGUAAACCUGUGCAGAGAGCAGCCUCAAGACUGUAUAAAGCUGAUUGUGGUUUUAAAGGUAAAGAAGGUUGUAUUGGGCCUGAAUUUAUAGUAAGAGCUUCACAACCUGCCAAACAUAUUGACUUAACUCUGUCUGCAGUUUGUGAUAAAAGAGUAAUUACCAUAGUUCUGUUAAAUGGCCAAAAGAUUGAUAUUGUUUGUGAUCCACAUGUAAUAACAGCAGGACAAAUAUUUGAAGCUUUAGUCCACAGUGAAAAUUAUGAACACAACUUCAUGCUGGGGAUUGCAAUUUUAAUCAGUGGAGAUUUUGUAUUUUUACCUGAUGAUUAUAAAAUAAAAAAGGUGGCUAAAGAAAGCUGGCAUAAAUUGAAUAGCAAAAAGAAAACUUCUGAAGAUAUUACAUUAACCUUAUUUUUAAGAAUAAAAUUCUUUUUGCCUAAAACCAUUGCCAAUAAUAUACAGGGUGGAGAAUGGAGGCAUAGAGUAUAUUUGCAACUAAGAAAAGCAACACUAGAAGGCCAAUUAACAUCAACAAUACAAAACCUCAUUUUGUUAGCUGGGUAUGCACUGCAUAUAGAAUUUGGUGAGUUUUCGUUUCGAGAUCAUGGAACAGCAGACUACUUUUUAGUUGAACAUUAUUUACCCGAAACUGUUAUAACAAAUGACAUGGCAGACAUCAAGCUGCGUAUGAAAAGAGCACAUGAAUCUCGCUCUGGUUUAGAUAGAAAUAAGGCUGUACUCAAUUACAUAACAUUAGCACAGACAUUCAGAGAUUAUGGUGCACACUUCUAUUCAGCUAUUUGGGCAACUAGAGAUGGAUUUUGUAGAGACGUCUGGCUCUCUAUUGGUCCCAGAGGCAUUACUCUCUAUUCCCGUAAUAGCCUGGCAGAUGAGUCAGGAACUAAUAUAAAUAGAAUAGUUCUACAAAGCUUACCUUGGCACCACAUACAUACAUUCUAUUAUAAUAAGAAGAGUUUAUAUAUAAUGCCUAACUCAUAUUCAGGGUUGUCCAAAAUUGGUGUUAAAUACAAACUUAAAAUGUUACAAAACAAAAGCUACUUUACAUUUUGGUUAGCGUCCCUACAUCACAGGUUGUACCUAAAACUGUAUGCUAAAGAGGACUUUCUGAAUUACUUAUCUGGUGAAAUUAGUAACCCUUUGUAUGCUACACAAGAAAACAGAAACAUGAACGGUAGUAAUUAUCAAGACAGCUAUAAUUUAGCAGUAAGAAACCCAGUUAGAGUAAGGAGACCUACAAGGCGAAGAUUCAAAGUUGACCUUUUUGGGGAAAAAAAGGUUCAGAACAAAGAGAAUGAGAAACCCAACACAGAGGAACUUUUGAGACAAAUAUUAUCACCACAGCAAAGUGAUGAAAGUAUCCUCAAUGCUUCAAGCAUUCAUAUGCAGGAGAACUCCUCCAAUGAUGGAUUAUCAUCUUCAGAAAGCUGUAGCAUACCAAGAAGACAAGGAGUCAAAAUGGGCACAAGAGUUUUCCAUGGCCUCAAGUGUGCUGCAGACAGUAGGUACCAAAGAUCCCCUGUCAGUGUAUCUAAUCCCUGUUUAAGGUCUGAAGGUGACCUCACCAUGACCCAGAGUGACUCUGAUGACCUGAGUACUGAACAGAGGCAACAUUGCAAUGUAAAUAGUAUGAAGUUGUUACCAGAAAGACAUUACAAUCAAACCAUGUCUAAUUCACCAACUGCUUAUGUGAUAGAAUCUCCAAAAGUUUACCCAGAUGUCUUUAAUUAUAAUGUGGCAAACAGCGAGUCAUGCCUGAAUACAUCCCUAUUUGAGAAACUAGAAAAUAUGGAAUGUGUGCAAGGCGAAAGGAUAUUUGUAACUGCAGUUUUAGAGAGAGACAAAAUGAACGCUCUAGGAUUGCAAGUAGCUGAGGGAUCAGAUGGAAAUGUGUAUAUAAAGUCUAUUACAAAUGGAAGCUCUGCUGAUUUAUGUAAGAAACUGUUACCAGGGGACCAAAUUAUAUCAGUCAAUGGCAAAACUUUACUGAAUGUAAAAUAUGAUAAAGCUCUAAUCAUGUUGCAAUCAGCUCCACAGAGAGUAGAACUUAUUGUUCUCCAAAAUGCAAAUAAAGCUUGCAGUAAAGACCAUCAAAAUGCCGAGAAUCCGCUUGACGCAAGUAAGCAACUACUUGCAAAACAUAUAAGCAACAGUACCUUAGAUGUACAAAUAUCAGAUGAUGAACUAUUGAAUGAAGAAGCUUUAAAAACAAUAUAUGCGUUGAUAAAGCUUACGAAAGACAAAGUUAUAAGUAGAAUGAAAGACAAAUGUAGUAGACAAACAACACCCAAUAAAAGUAAUCUGCAAAAAUGUUUAUCAGAAAACAAAGUUUAUGAGGAAUCUGAUAUAGGUAACUAUUCAUCUCAGGAGAAUACACCACAGAAAAGAGACUCUCAGAAAUUUAAUACGUGGCGUGGACAAUUUACAAAUGCGAGACUAAAACGGCGACCAUUGAGCCUCAGUAUCCCCGCUGAUGUUGAUUUAUCAGAUGAUUUCUUGAAUGACCAUUCCAGUGAUUUGCUCAAACAAUCGUCCUUGAAAUCCAUCCAAUCGUCACUGAAUAGCCUAGAUAAGUCUACAAAAAGUAGUUCAUUAAAAAAUGUUGCAUUACCGCGUAACUUUGGACUUAGCAGAAGAUGGUUGGGCCCAGUGAGAUAUCCAGUUACUCCUUGUAAAAAUAGCAAUAUAGAGACUGAACCAAGUGCAAUUGUUAAUGAGAAUGUAACCCGAAGACAUUUCGUGUAUGGUGCUGGAGAUUCAGAUGAAGAUCAAAUAUUUUUAUAA